AAAAGCGUGGCGGAGCCAAAACCCUGCGCUGCAGGCCCUCCGCUGUGUCGGAACGGAGGCGGUGUCUGAAGCUGCAACAGCUGGGGCCCAGCAGGGAUUGCCAGUGUAGACGCUUGUAAGUUUCAGCGUGUGAGUGGCUGUGGUGCCACUAGCUCAUCGUCCGCGUCCCUUCCCCUGCAGGGGGAAGAAAACGUGCGGCAGUGGCGAGCUGGAUGCAAAGAAAGGUGGAAGCCAUGGACUUGGGCGUGUGCAGCGAACUCAGUUUUGUCUUAGGAAAUAAACUGCACUUAAUUGAGUCUGCAAGAUUGAAAGGAGUUGGGGUGAUUAGAAGUUGUAAAGGUUUCUUGAAGUCAGAAUGUCUCAGAAAAUCCGUGGCGGUUCUGUGGUAGAGAUGCAAGGAGAUGAAAUGACGCGAAUCAUUUGGGAGUUGAUUAAAGAAAAACUCAUUUUUCCCUAUGUGGAACUGGACCUGCACAGCUAUGAUUUAGGUAUAGAGAAUCGUGAUGCCACCAAUGACCAGGUCACCAGGGAUGCUGCAGAAGCUAUAAAGAAGUACCACGUCGGUAUCAAGUGCGCUACCAUCACGCCCGAUGAGAAGAGGGUUGAGGAGUUCAAGUUGAAACAAAUGUGGAAAUCACCAAAUGGCACCAUCCGAAAUAUUCUGGGUGGCACCGUCUUCAGGGAAGCUAUUAUCUGCAAAAAUAUCCCCCGGCUUGUGAGUGGAUGGGUAAAACCCAUCAUCAUAGGUCGUCAUGCUUAUGGGGAUCAAUACAGAGCAACUGAUUUUGUUGUUCCUGGGCCUGGUAAAGUCGAGAUAACCUACACGUCAAGUGAUGGAUCCAAAAAAAUGACAUACCUGGUCCAUAACUUUGAAGAGGGUGGUGGUGUGGCUAUGGGGAUGUACAACCAAGAUAAGUCGAUCGAAGAUUUUGCACACAGUUCUUUCCAGAUGGCUCUGUCUAAGAGUUGGCCUUUGUAUCUGAGCACCAAAAACACUAUUCUGAAGAAAUAUGAUGGACGUUUUAAAGACAUCUUUCAGGAAAUAUAUGACAAGCAGUACAAAUCCCAAUUUGAAGCCCAAAAAAUCUGGUAUGAGCAUAGGCUCAUUGAUGACAUGGUGGCCCAAGCUAUGAAAUCCGAGGGAGGCUUCAUCUGGGCCUGUAAAAACUAUGAUGGUGAUGUGCAGUCAGACUCCGUGGCCCAAGGUUAUGGCUCUCUUGGCAUGAUGACCAGCGUGCUGAUUUGUCCAGACGGCAAGACCGUAGAAGCAGAGGCUGCCCACGGGACGGUGACACGUCACUACCGCAUGUAUCAGAACGGACAGGAGACGUCCACCAAUCCCAUCGCUUCCAUUUUUGCCUGGACCAGAGGGUUAGCCCAUAGGGCUAAGCUUGAUAACAAUAAAGAGCUCAGCUUCUUUGCCAAGGCUUUGGAAGAAGUCUGUAUUGAGACCAUUGAGGCUGGCUUCAUGACCAAGGACUUGGCUGCUUGUAUUAAAGGUUUGCCCAACGUGCAACGUUCUGACUACUUGAACACAUUUGAGUUCAUGGACAAACUCGGAGAAAACUUGAAUAUAAAACUGGCUCAGGCCAAACUUUAAGGCCAUCCCUCGGCUUAGGAGGAUACGUGUUUUUGGUAACUAGGUCCACUGGUUUACAUUUUCCUGUAUAACACUCAAGGGUAAAGGUAAAAUCAAUUUUGUAAUUUGUUUAGAAGCCAGAGUUUAUCUUUUCUAUAAGUUUACAGCCUUUUUCUUACACAUACAGUUACGCCACCCUCGUGAACGUGGCAGGGGACUUUUUAAAAUUUUAUUUUAUUUUGUACUAGUAGCCUAGGAGUUACUUUAGUGCUCAUUUGUACUCGUUGUCACUUUUUCUCAUGUUCCAAUACAAAUGACCAAAAUGAAGAGUGCUUGAAAGGGUAAACUGUAGCCACAGUAUUAUUCCUGAAAAUAUGAGUGAAGUACAAAUUCACCCCCUUCACCACUCCAUGGCCUGGGGCGCUGGGUGGUUUUGGCGUAACAGAUGUCCCAUCACGUGAUGUAGAGCUAUCCAGGAAACUUGCCCAUAAUUUGGAAUGAAAAGCAGAGGUGUAACUAAAACCUGUUGGAGACACCGCAGUCACUUUUGUAAAGAGCUCUUCUUAAAUGUUUUGAAAAUGCUAAAUAUUUGUGAGGCAACUGGAGAGUUUGGAAUCCCGAAUAAAUACUACCUGGGGGUCUGUCCUCUGUGUUUAUCUCCUCCUCCCGCCCUUGUGUGGCCUGAGUAUUAUGCUACCCGGAACAGCAUAUUUCAUCCAAGUGCAAUAAUCCAGGCUGCACCUUUUUUGGACUUCUGCUGGCCCAUUUUAUUUCCCUUAUAUAAAUGUGAUUUUUUUCAGAAGUUGAUUUUAAACACUAUUCUAGUCUGUUCUUCAUCCGAACUACUAAUUGUAAUUAAAAUUCAGUGCUAAUGACUA